GUCACUACGUCAAUAAGUGCAUUUUGUACACCACUGUACACUCUUCCAUGCAUUUCUGCAGAAACACUCAUUUAGCUCGCAUUGUCUUUGCGACUAUCUCCCAAAAAAGGGUCCAAAGUUUACGUAACGCUUUCGGGAAUCGUUUUCUGGCAACUGACAUCAUGUCGAAGAAACGAGUUGGAGUCAUCGGAUCAGGAAAUUGGGGCUCAGCCAUUGCCAAAAUCAUUGGAAACAAUGUGAAGAAAGACAAGGCUUUUGAUAAUCAAGUCAAGAUGUGGGUCUUUGAAGAACAGUUCGAAGGAAAAAAUCUCACCGACAUCAUCAACUUGGAGCAUGAGAAUAAGAAGUACCUCCCAGGGCACAUACUGCCUGACAAUGUGUAUGCCGAGUCCGACCUUGUGAAGGUGACUGAGUCUGCGGAUAUCCUAGUUUUUGUGCUGCCGCAUCAAUUCAUCAGGAGAAUAUGUGCAACGAUGAAAGGACAUGUCAAAAACAAGGUGAUCGGCGUAUCGCUCAUUAAGGGCAAUGAAUGCAUCAAAAGGCACUCAGUUGGAGAGGGCUUAGAUGUUUGUGGCACUGGUCUAAAACUGAUCUCGGAAGUGAUCAAUGAUACCCUUGAACUUAAAGCGCCAUGCAAUGUACUUAUGGGAGCCAACCUGGCCCCAGAGGUAGCCAGUGAAAAUUAUUGUGAGGCAACUAUCGGUUGCCAAAUCUUAGAAGAAGGUGCUAUACUGAAACGCUUGGUGCAGACCAGCUAUUUCCGUAUCGUAGUCGUCACUGAUGUCAAAACAGUAGAAUUAUGUGGUGCGUUAAAAAAUGUCGUAGCAGUAGGUGCAGGGAUCGCUGACGGCCUGGGUUUCGGUGACAACACAAAGGCAGCAGUUAUCAGAUUAGGCCUCAUGGAGAUGAUUACUUUCAUUGAGAAUUUCUAUCCAGGUUCAAGCAGGGAUACGUUCUUCGAGAGCUGUGGCAUUGCAGAUUUAGUCACAACUUGUUACGGAGGUCGAAAUCGUCGAGUUGCUGAGGCGAUGGUCAAGAACCCAGACAAGUCCAUUGUCGAUUUAGAACAAGAAAUGUUGAAUGGUCAGAGUUUACAGGGUCCCCCCACGGCAGCAGAGAUAUAUGAAGCACUUUCUAAACAAGGCUUGGAAGAUCGAUAUCCUCUUUUUACUGCUAUCCACAAGAUUUGUUCCCGGGAGUUACCGUGCGAUCAGUUCAUCGAAUGUCUCAAGAACCAUCCAGAGCACAUUGACGUUGAACUUGAUCAGAUUGAAAGACGAUUGUUUGGCUGGCAGAGGCAGUCCACGAUCUGCCACGACUGGCAGGAGCCCCACCACCACCACCCAUCUCCGCUGGACUCCGUCCCAGAAAAAAAGACUGAUUAAUUAAUUGAACAUAAACAUUGAAUGGGAGUUGGGAGUGACACGUUGUGAUUGUUAUGCUAGAGAUUGAUAUGAAUUGAUUGUAUAAAACUGACUCAUUUCGUUAGAAAUUGUUUGCUUCUGAAAACCCUUUCAAGAAAGGGACUCGUGAAGUUGUCAGUUCCUAACAUGAUCAUGUAUUUUCUGAUUCUGUUGUCUCAGGCUGGCCAUGUCUUUCAGGACAUAGUCUAUUGACAAUUGUGAUUUAAAUAUACUGUGAGAGAGGUACAGGUACGUGUGAUUAACUGCAAUUAUGUAAAUAAAAAGUAAUAAUCUAAAUAUUGUUUAAAUGAUCGAAAUAAGUUGAUUGAUUAUUGUUAAGUAAUAGUGCUGAGAAAGAAAGGCUGUUGGUCUCGAGAUGUUGUUGGAUAGUUGAAUGUGUUUCAUGUUAAUUCACUUACCAUGUUUUAAAACUUGGAAUAAAGACGGGAAGAAGAACAA